CACUAGAGUUCUCCAGCUAUUAAAUCCAGUUUUGCUGCUUGUGUUUACCCCCUCCAAGCGCUGAACUGUGGCCGGGGCUUCAAUCGUAUUUCUGACAUUUAACUCCGGAAAUACAAAUGUAACCAGCACUACGUAGCACUGUGAGCGUCACUAUAAGGCGAGGCAUUAAAUUAGCUGUCGGACGGUGUUUGUUCCAGGUUCGAGCAGGCAGCCAUGUCGCGGGUGGUGAAGAAGAGGCAGGCCGACCCUAAAGUCGUUCAGUAUGUGUGGUCGGCCAUCGAGGUCAUUCGCAACCAGAAACAGAUUGCGAACAUGGACCGAAUCUCAAAGUAUUUAAGCCGCAUGUACGGGAUGCACCCCAAGGAGACGGCCAGGCAGCUGGUGCUGGCAGUAAAGGACGGCCUGGUGGUGGAAACCCUCACUGUGGGCUGCAAGGGUUCCAAAGCCGGGGUGGAGCAGGAGGGCUACUGGCUGCCUGGAGACGAGAUGGAACAGAUGUCUGAGGGAAGCAAGGACUGGGAGGCGGAGAGCCAUGACUGGUACUGCUUUGAGUGUCAUCUCCCUGGUGACGUCCUGGAGUGCGACAGCUGUUUUCGUGUCUAUCACCUCCGCUGCCUCACUGAAGAGCACCGGCCCAGGGACACCACUUCGCACUGGCAGUGUGCUAUCUGCAGGGGUAGUAAGCGGAAGAAUUUUAACAAGCAGGAAAUGACCACAUACCUGAGGUUCAUUCUUGCACGUAUGAAAGAGAGAGCUAUUGACCUGCACAAGAAAGGCAAGGAGACGAAGCAGCCUAUGUACAGGAGGCUCAUCCACUCACCGCUGGACGUAGACAACAUCCAGGAGAACAUCUCUGAUGGCAAGUACAAGAGCUUCGAGGAGUUCAAAGCCGAUGCUCAGCUUAUUGUCCACAACACGGCCAUCCUUCACGGAGCACAUAGUGAUCAGACUGAAAUUGCUAAACUUCUGUACAAUGACACAUGCCACGAGUUGAAUGAGUUACUGUUAUGCAGAAACUGCUUCCAUCUAUCCAACGCUCGGCCCGACAACUGGUUUUGUUAUCCAUGUGUGCCCAGCCAUGAGCUGGUGUGGGCCAGGAUGAAGGGCUUCGGCUACUGGCCUGCCAAGGUGAUGCAGAGGGAAGGCAGCCAGGUGGAUGUGCGCUUCUUCGGUCACCAGCACCAGCGGGCCUGGAUCCCCUCGGACAACAUCCAGGCAAUCUCAGUGAGUGCGCAGCAGCUGCAGGUGAAGCGCAGCGCCGGCUGGAAGAAGGCGUGUGAGGAGCUGGAGCUGCACCAGCGCUUCCUGCGCGAGGGCCGUACUUGGAAGGGCCGGCCCGAGGAGCGGCCCGACCGGCUCGAGGAGCGCCUCGACGAGGCCGAGUCCAGCAUCUCCUCCACUAGCAAUGAGCAGUCCAAGGGGAACCAGGAACCCAAAGCCAAGAAGAGCCGUCGUUCCCAAGCGCUUGAGCCCAAGGAGGAGGAGCCUGAGCUCGAGAUGGAGGCGGUGAGCUCCAGCCAGGAGAUCCCCACUGCCGCACCCCACCAGCCUGAGCGCAUGUCCGUCUCCACCCAGACCAAAAAGAGCGUCUCGGCGUCGUCCUCCGGGCCCUCGCCGCCGCCUCGCAUGCUCCACCGCGGCACCCAGACGUCAAACGAGGGCAGUUGCCAGAACAUGUGCCACGACAAGUACACAAAGAUCUUCAGCGACGUCAAGGAGAUGAUGAAGGCCGAGAACAAGCGGGAGACUGAGCGCGUACUCAAGGAGGCCCUGGACAAGCUCCGCACCGAGAUGGAGGAGGAGAAGAGGCAGGCGGUGAGCAAAGCGGUGUCCAGCACCCAGGCUGACAUGGACCGCAAGUGCAAGCAGGUGAAGGACAAGUGCAAAGAGGAUCUAAUGGAAGAGAUGAAGAAGAUGGUGAGCCAGCACAAGCAGCUCAUCUCGCAGACCAAGAAGAAGCAGUGGUGCUAUAACUGCGAGGAGGAGGCCAUGUACCACUGCUGCUGGAACACCUCCUACUGCUCCAUCAAGUGCCAGCAGGAGCACUGGCACGCCGACCACAAACGCACCUGCCGCCGGAAGAGAUGAGCAACGGCCAAUCAUAGCACGUCCUCUUAGCUCCACCCAUUUACAUGCCGCGCUAUUUGGAUUUGUUUUUUUGUUUUGUUUUUUAUAUUGUCAUCUCCCUCAGCCUCUGGAAUUGGACGUUCUAAGUAGCAUUUCAAACACACACAACCUAAAGCACUCUUUCCUUGUUGUGGAGGACUUCUCCUUUUCAGUUCUGGUGAAAACAAGCAGGGCAUUAAUUGCCGUGGUUGAUCAGUUAAAUCAAUGAAAGGAGAGUUUUACUUUGGAUUAUACUGUCUUACUUUGGUUAUGUAAAUCUUUUAUUUGCUUUAAAAAAACAAAAAGAGCCUUGCUUACCUACAAACUAACUGAAAUGUGAAGUAAUAACCUUUUUAAACGUGAUUCUUAAUCACUUGCCAUGUAGAUAUUUGACUUUUUAUAUAAGCGGAUGGUGUUUGCCUCCUGUGUUGAUUGACAUUGGUGGUGUUUUACUCUGCGCUUGGUUUUUAUCAGUGGUUGUGAUGCAUCAUCUUUUGGGAACAGGGUUAAAGUUGGCAGGUCAUUUCUGUCGGAAAAAAAUACAAUCUUCCAUUUAUGAAUAUGCACAUUUCAUGUUACACUUUAAAAUGGGGGAAAAAAUUUAAUUUUUAAUGAAAACGGAUUAUUUAUGUGCUAAUUUUGGGUCCAUUUUCUGUAGCUAAAGUGUUAUUAAUCUUUGCUGAGUGGGAUCUUUUAGUGCGGCUCCUUUGUGUGUGGAACAUCCUGACCCUGAUGGUCCCAUCUCUCAUGCUUGCUUGCGCUCCCUAAUACUACCUAAGUUGUUUCCUUCUGGUUGCAAAGAAUAGUGCACGUCAGUUCCAUAUUUCAAGAUCCGAGGUUGGUCGCAAAGGAAUUAUAUAUGAAUCGAGGUCAGUUGUACAGAUAUCACUGUAAAUAAUGCAUUUAAAAUGGAAUUUAACCCUUUCGUUUAGUUCUUACCAAUAAAAAAAAAAAAAAAAAAAAAAAGAAACAAUUAUACUCCCUUGCCCCCGAGUCUUUCAAAAUAAACAAGAGUGUGAUACAGUCCUCAUUUGAAUUAACCAGGGAAGUGCUGUGUAGGUGGGUCUUGAGAAGAGUGGGGUCUGACCUGCAGCUUACCAGUCAGCUGAAGGAUGUAGGAAACGGCCUUGUACGCAAGUGCAAAAUGGGUUCACUUGUGGGAAUCAACAUGUGCAUUUUAAACAAUGUUUGCCGGUGCGCCGGAGAAUCUCCCCCGCUCUUCCUCUUUCCACGUCACUGUUGCACUACAUGUAAAUAAACGUGUGCCGCUAAACGUGAUCAUUCGAUGAAAUUUGCACGUUUGUAGCGUUAUGUACAUUUCAUGAAUGCAUUAUCUAUGUAUUUGAUAAGUCAUUCUGUUUAAAACAAUUUGUGAUUAUGGGCAAAUGUCUUCAUUCCGGUGCGCAUGAAAAUUGGGUUGUGUGUAUUCAUUUCCAGUUUCUCAUUCUUUCCCAUUGUUGCAUAUGUGCAGUGGAUGCAAUAGUUUUGUUUUGUUUUGUUUUUUUGUAAGGGUAAUAUUUUGUCACUGUAAUUGCGAACAAGCCUUUUAGGGGCUUUUUUUUUUUGUUUGUUUGUUUUUUUCUUUCCCCUUUUCUAAUUUAUGUGGGCAAAGUAAUGACUACUGAAAGUAUGGGCCCGACCCAGCCAGGAGUCUGCACCAAGCGCAGUCUUUUCUUCCACAUGUAUGUACGGAUUCAUGUGUAGAAGUCCUGCUCUUACCGAGUGUCUCUUAGCGAGAUGCCACUCUUGCUUUACAGUAUGUAACAGUACUAUGUAUCAACAAUAAACAUAUCAACCGGUAA